CUAAAACCCCUGUUUGUCCUACGAAGCUAAGAUGGGCUGCGACAGCUCCCACCUAAUUAACCUACGACGGUCUUCGCCGGACCGCGCUGGCCAGACUCCGGUCGCGAUUCCAGGUCAACCUCGUAUCUAGGCCUAGAUAGGGGAAAAGAAAGCUAGGAUGACUCCGACGCAGAUCACCCACCCGCUCAGACUUGUCUUUCUCCGCAUCUUUUUGGCAAAGGUUGUUUGCUUUAGCUCUCCGAUCUCGGAGACAGGUCACUUCCGGACCCGUUGACGGAGACUGAACCUGGUCACAAGUGUAGGUACUAGGCAGAUGGGAUACGUAUCCCCAAGGGGCUUAGCGGUCUCGUGAGUUGCUAACUGGCUCCUUACGAGGUUCAAGACAUCAGGUUUCCGAUGUCCCGCCGUAGAGUUGCCCUUUACGAGAUGUCCCGAAGACAGACUAGUUCGCCCGUGACGAUGGCCCAAGUCGAUGAGCGGCAUCCCCUCUUGGAUCAACUCCGGCGGAAAAAUCUCUCGGUACGCGUGGCCGCACAGCCGGGACCCUAUCAGAUCUUUCCCCAGGCCGUAUUCGAGGAGAAUGACAAGAGUCGACGACUCGACAGGUCUCUGCAAACACGAGGACCUGACGGAGAGCCGUUCAGUCCAUCGCAGCCGAAUGCCAUGGCGUCAACUGACCUAUACGAGCCGGACCAACCAGAGGAAGCUCCAGAAGUGUAGUACCUAGACUGUCGAGCGGGUGCAAUUAUGCACGGGUCUCCAUACUUUAAUCCUCGCCUGUCUCGCUUGGGAGCCGAGUGCACCUCCGACCCCACUGUUUUCCCUUGAUAGUCCGACACGCUGGAGACCUCAAGCGCGAUCCGAGCAUCUGGGAUGUUCCGGUGCUAUCCUGUGCCCCUUGGCGUCCUUUUCUGUUUCAGUGGUCCCCCUGGUGUGAUGCGGGAGUGACAGAUUGAGCCGCCUUGACCGAGGAAUAACCGGUGGAGAUUAUACGGACCUGUCAACUCCCACCUUCAGACUGAUGGACCCAGACCGAUGGACUAGAUAGAGAUGAUCUCACCCAGUGUGAUCACCCGAGAGACUUCUGGCCCGGCGAUAGUCAGGAUUCAAAGGGCAAAAAAGAGGGGGAAUACUACCUCCCAGAAGGCACUACGUGUGCCAUCCACAAUUGUCUCCAGCCGACUCAGACCAAUGAUAGAAGGUUGUCAAUGAAACCAAAACCUGGUCAGCCAACAAGAACAGUCCGCGCAGCUACUGUACCAAGACAAGGCCGAUUGAGGGGGGACCACUGUUGAACGAAUGGUGCAGAAUCCAUUCUAUCUGGAAAUAAAUAAAUAAAUAAAACUAAAACAAAUCAAACCAAGUCAAAGAAGCAAUCGAGUCCAAUCGAACCAGAGGGAUGAUGGAGAGAGCGAGAGCGAGAGAGAGAGAGAGAGGGGAGG